CCCGCGUUUUUGGCGAGCCGUGUGGGUUAUCCUGAACUGAACCUUUUCUUCGUGAUUUUACAAGAUGGAGAGCAAUAUGGGGGUGCCGCGCUGCACCUGUUGUCUCUUCAUUGCCACUGUGGCAUGUCACAUCAUGGUGUUGGUGGGAAACCUCUCCACUGCGAAGAUGUUGAACGGCCUCGGCAAGUCAGCCAGCGGUUGGGGCAGUGUUGCCUCAAGUAUUACGCAUGCUUUGGACAAUGAAUUGACGCCCGCGAUGCACAAUGUGACACAGUGGCUGACCACAGCCGUGGAUGUGAUCGACGAACUAGAAGAAGGCGUGGACAACCUCCUAACGUUGACGGGUUCCGCCGUCGACAGCACCAUGAAAUCUUACGCACCCACUGUGAAUGAAGAGACUUUUAAGGCGAAGGCACAUGCACGAGUGGAGACUGUGGCGAAGGCAGCCGUGAAGAAGAUCGAGCCACUGACGGACAAGGUCAUGACCGCCUUGAGGCCGCCUCUGGCACAGGUCGAGCAAUGGUUGGGAUCCUUCAGUCCUAAAAUCCAAGACACCUUAGAAGAGUUUGGCACCGUCGCAGAUCGGGCGCAGAAACUGGUUGACCAGGUGAUGACUAAGGUCAACUCUGCCGGCGGCAUGGAAGAGGAAAUGCUCUGGGACACCUAUCACAUUUUUGAUCCAUACGACGAUGGUAUUCAGCUCAAGGAGUUCAAGCAGGUGGCCGACCAAUAUGGUAUUUCUGCACUGCAGGGCAAGAAGUCGGAUCAGCUGCUGCAAAAGUAUGAUGAGAGUGGGGAUGGAUCCAUUCAGAUCUCCGAGUACGCGCAGAUGGUCUUUGAUCCGUCCGUGCCAGGGAUGAUGACCACCAUCCUGCGGACCUACUCCAAGAAGCUCAAUGCCGUUGGCUCCACGUUGCGCGGUAGCCACUUGCGGGCCGAGGUGGCCGAUAGUUUGGUGGAUUACCUCACCAUCGUCUGCGGCAAGAAUUUGACGAAGGUGGGCUGGAUCACCGGGAAGUUGGUGAGCGGCGAACUGCCUCAGGAAUUUACGGCAGAUGUUUUCUAUCAGUUGUAUAUGAAACAGUUGGAUCCUAACAAUUUGUCGCCUGUGGAUGUGGGCUCGCUGGUGAUGAACUACACGGUGAAAGCGAAUCCCAAGAACACCAUUGCAGCAUUGGACAUGCUGGCAGACACCACGUUCUUCGCCACCGAAGGCUUUGACAUCACGGUGGAAGACGAGACCGUGGUCCAGGUCAUUGGAUGGCUGUCAAUGUCCAAAGAUGGGGAGGCUGCCUUGAAGAGCUACGCGAAGAUCCAGCCACAAGGUGGAGAAAAUUUCGCGGAGGCCUACAACAGAGUUGUCUUGCAACGCGAGGCAAAGUACACCAAGUUGACGGGCGAUGCUGGGGGACAUUAUCAUUCCCAAGCGGCGCAGAGCCUGAGGGAUAUUCUCUUGGGCGGAUCGAGUGCUGCAAGCAGUUCCGGCGAUCCGGACGCCCUGCAGGCCUCCUCAGGGGCGCAGCCCGCGAAGCCGGCAACGCUGCGGUUUGCGGAGGAGUUGGCCAACAACGUGAGCUCCUCUGUGAAGGACUUCAAUGAGCAAACCUAUGCCUACUCGGGUACCAGUUCAAAUCCCUUAGAUAGCACCUGCAAUAGCAUCAAUGGCAUGAUCAAAAAGACACAGAGCUUUUUGACCCUGAUGAAUAACAUUGCCGGUCCCGGGGGACAAGAUUUCCUGAAACAGCAAUCCAUGCAGUUCUUGAGCAAUACUGCGCAAGACAUUGUGCUGGUCUCCGACGAACUGGUGAACAAAGGCAUCCAAACGGUGAAGUGUUCGGCCGGGCAGACGGAUGCCUGCAACGUGGGCUGGCAGGUGGACUUUCCGAUGAAGCUCAGCGGAGGGAUGACGUUCAUCACCAGUAAUAUGAAGGACUUGCAAGGCAUUCUGCCACAAGUGGUGAAGAACUUGAAACUGGCCAAGAAAGAAGUUGGAGCAGUCUCUGGAAUUAUCAGUUCCAUCUCUCAGAUUUUGGGGCUAAAAGCUCCGCCAUUGUUGUUGAAGGUCUCCAAGAUGUAUAAGACGGUUUGGGUCCUUUAUUUCAUCUUUUUCUUCCUCUUCAGUGCCACCAUGCUCUUCUAUGCCUUCUGGUCCAAUGGAUGGUUUGGCGGUCCACAGGCAGACACCGCCAGCAGCUCCGACCCACCGCAGAGCUUCGGGGAGCGCAUGGGCUCGUGCUUCCGGAGCUGCACGGCGUGCAUCGGAAGCUGCACAUCAGGACAUCUCUGCUUUUGGUCCUUGCUGCUACUGGCGCAGGUCAUCAUAUUGGUCCUGUUUUUGGUGUCCUUGCUGAUCUGCAUCCUUGCGGGCGUGCAAGCCUUCUUGGGCGCCGGCUGCUCCAAGAUCUACCUCUUAGGUGACAACCAAGUCUGCACGGCUGUCUUGGGAAUCUUUCAGAUUUUCUUGAAGACUUUUGGUUUCUUCGAGCCUUUAGAAGAAACCUGCUUCCACAGAGAACUUCUGACCUGCAAAAUCAUCCGCGACACCACCACGCACCAGGCCAUUGUAGCGAUUGUGGGCGGAUUGCUGGCAUCUGUCCUGUCCUUCCAAAUGUUGAUUGAUUCCGCCACGAAGCACGAACGCGCCAGAUGUAUUCGAGCCCUGCAGGAGGAAGGGCUCCUUAAAAAAGGUGAUUAGAGCGAGUAGGAAGCCCUGCUGCUGACAUCCCAACACGGGCAGAGCGAGGAGAGUUCAGAAAAUCGUCGCCCCACACUGCGCCGUUGAA